AUAGAAAUUGACAGGUCUACUGAAAUCAUAGUUCCACCCGUUGGUGCGUGUCCUUCCUGCAAUGUCAAACAUCUCCUCAAGCAGCGCGUGGGCUGCGGAGGCCGAGCUCGCGGCCCAUGAUGGCGACAUAAGUCGGGAGGCGGGCAUACGACCUAUAGAUUCCAUCAAUACCAUAUCUGGCCCUACAAUCACACAUUAUCCACCUCAGUCGCUACGUUGCCGCCGCAAGUCGUUCGCCGAGUCUUUAUAUCGUGCACUCCUUCGCCUGGACCCCGCCCGAAAGCCACGAAUCCAAGCUGUCUUCCGCUACUUCAAGAACCACAAAGAUCUUUCCCAAGAUCAAGUCCAUCAUUCACUCAUCGCUGCACUGGGUAUUCAUAUCGUGCGCAAAGCUUGGACCGAGGCCCGGGCUGAUAUUCACGAGCUUCUCGUUGUUGAACCUGGGGACAACAAUCAUACCUUAGAGAAUAAGAGCUCCCUCGUCGCCGCAGCGCCCCCGUCCGAGGACCCUCCGGUUGAAAUGGGAACUGUCCCUGCUCCACCGACCUCCCCUCAGAGACAGGAAGAGAAGAAAUACACCUAUCAUCCUGGAGAGGAGAGGAAGGAAGCAAGAGACAGAAAGGAAAAAGUGCUCAAGUUUCGCUUUCGUCACGGCCUGGGUAACGAGGACGGCCAGCUUGCGCAUCCACCAUUCAACGCCUGUAUCACAUCCAUGGAGGAUGAUGUCCAGCUAAACGUUGAGGAUGAUCUGGCCGACAAGGCGCCACAUGCCUUCGUUUGUCCCAUUUCACUAGAGCUGAUGACACGCGCGGUGGUUGCCGGCGACGGCUUUGCCUAUCAACAGGAGGCCUUGGAUGAAUGGAUUCUGCAGAAACGUCGAGAGCAUUCCCCACUUCAUUCACCCAUGACUAAUGCACCGAUGGCACCUUUUUAUAUUCCAUCAUUUACACUCCGGAGUCUCAUUGGGGACUACGUAGAAAAAGUGCGGACGAAAAGGCCGCGAGUAGAUUAAGACGCGAGGGAGCUUAAGCUCAAAUUGAUGGGAGGUUGGACGUCGGAUAUGGCACAAGGAAUGAAAACAUGGAAUAUGAAGAGAGGAGAUUGCCACCAAAACAGUGAGAAAGGUCUGCUUCCUAUUUUGCACAGACCAUGAGUGAAUUGGACAACCUACGACAGCAACGAAUAGUCAUCUUAUAGACAUACAUCAUAACGAUCUUUCCUAAUGGCUCUUGCUUUACAGCAAUGAUUGUGGUGUACAUGGUUUGAAGACAGCGAAAAGGCUCACAAAGGGUGUCGACUUUCUGCAAGCGUCGGGAGAUCUGUCUUGACAAGGCAAGUCCAUAUAUGCAAGAUAUUUUAUAGAUGAAUGUAUAGCCCCUUUCAAAGGGCAGGACGCUUUUAAAAGAUUUCCUUUCAAAGAGCGGAGAGAUUUUAGAAAGAAUGAAAAGAUGACGUGAUAGAUUGACAAGGCGAUAUACCAAUGAGAUGCACAGUCUUUAAGACUUGAAACACGAGAAGAUAUCGCGAAUAAAUGGCGGCAUCACAAAGCGAAAAAAAUUCUUUUGUACACUUUUCAUCA